AUGGCGAGUAACAACCCCAGCUCCAGCCGUGUAGCGCAUCGAAGCGGGCCCCCUUCGCCUCCUGCACUGGGGAAGGCGCAGAGUCCAGCGUACGACAGCGAUGGACUCGAGAGCGAUGACGAUACUCUUCUCGCUUUGUCGUCUCUCGCCAGGAUGGAGACGUACUGCGCGCCACAUCAGAAUGAAGCUGGGGCCUCACAGCAGGAGAAGGCUAUACUCUCCUCCAACGCCGUCUUUGAGAGUUCCACGGACUCAAUUGAUGUCGUUCAACAAGCUAUUGACGCUGUAGAAAAUGCUCUUGCACGCUGUCCCAAGUAUGAACGUCGUGAGGCGCUUACCGAGCUGCUUAUGCACGCCAAACUCGAACAGGCAAAGAAAGCCACUGUGUAUAGCUCGGAUUGCCUCCAACACGCCAACAUUUGGGCUGCUAUGUUGAUGCAGGUCCAGGAACUGGGUCGCAACUAUCCCAAGGAUCCACAGGUCCACCAGCUUGUGCAUCUGAUUCAACAAUGCGUAACUAGAGGCGGGAAGCACGAACCAGAACAGAGUCAUAACGCUAAAGAGGAGGAAACCCGGCAGCAGGAGCUAGCAGAUGAAACCGAGUUGUGUGGUAGACUUGGAGAGGCAACUGUAGAUGUCGACGUUAGUGAGGAAGAAGGAGAAGACAGUAUUGGCUAUAGAAUCACUGAAGAUAUCAUUGGGGUAGUGUCCAACCAAGCGGAAGAAGAUAGGGAUGAGGCAGGUAUUACGCAACACAAUGAACGAGAUACCGACUCGCAUCGAGACGAAGCUGAGAUCGAAGACGUCGAUAAAACUUUCCACGAGGAGAUACAGAGUGUAGCAUCCCCACCCUCAACUCGAUUACGCGAGCUUCUUCCGAUCUUGACAGGCAACGUCGUUCUCAAAGGUGUCCAGGUCCCCCAGCUUCCACGUGGUAGCGACGGGUACAGUAGCAGUGACUCUGACAAGACGAGCUCCUCUACCAGCAAGUCAUCGUCGAAAAGUGUAGGAAAGAACUCGCGUCAGAAGUUCAAAUUUCCUGAAAAGGAAUUACUGCAGCUCCUAGAGGACGAAGAAGUCAAUCCUCCAGCUCCCAGUCCAGGUUUACUGAGGCGCUUUAGUCAAAACUCCAAGAUCACGUGCACAGUGCCACUGCGUCGUAAGUCGUUCUCCAUGAAGCGGAGUCCACUCAAAAGUUCUCCGUUUGUUGGGUUCGCUCCUCGUCGCAACAGUAGGAGUUUUUCCGCUACAAAGCAGCAGAUCCUGGCCUUCAACAGCAGGAGAAAGUCGACCAGUUUUACCACCAGACCUCCGACCGCAUCACCGCGAUCGUCCUCGCCAUCGUCGCCGCCUUCUCCAGUGCCUUCCACUCACACGCAAAUGGUGCUACGUGUGCGUGAACGAUCGAGCGAUGGUGUUCCAGAGCUCGUGAUUGCCAAGAAGCCCGUGCGUUUUGUAGUGUGGCACUGGAACGACCGCUGCGUUCGCGUGCCCUUCAUGAGCGCUGCCAACUUCAUGGAACUUGGACCAGCGCAACACGGCAUCAUGUUACGACAAUUACGCUACGUCAAGUCGAUGAUGCACGAGCUUCCGUGGGCUAAAGCUCACUUACGCUCACUAUUGUCAAAGUACACUGCGAAAGAAGUGACGAAGGAAGAGCUGUACCCUCAACUCAACGCUUUGGGACAGCAAGUGCAGCACGAAAUCAGCUCCCGCGCUAAGCAGCAUCGACUUUUAACUGCUCGUAAACAGCGUCUCACUGUCACGUUGACGCUAGCGACGAGUGUGGUGAACGAUACGCUCGUGACAAAGUUCGGAAGACGCGGUCGCCCUCACGCCUCGCGUUUACUUUACGACCCGACUACACCACUUCAACUGCGUUGGAGACGUAAACACGGCGAGCGUAGCGUCGAGUCUUUAAUUGCUGACGAGAUCGAAGUCAUAGAAGCACCCGAUAUCUCGAGAUUGAGUGGAGGGGCAGGCACUUUUGGUCGUGGCAACAAGAAAGCUGCUGCAGCUGUUGCAGUCGACCCCGAGUCGUGUUUGUCGCUCGUGACACCGACGCGGUCCCUGGAUCUACAAGUAGCGAGUGCACUGCACCGAGAGUGGCUCGCUAAUGCUGUGCGCGACAUCGUGGUCUUUGCGAAGCAGUAUAAGGCGGCCAAGUCCCACGGUGCGACCCUGAGCGACGACGGCAAUUCCAGUGACUCGAUACCCAGCUCUACUGCUAUCAGACGGCGAUCUCGCCAGUCUUCGUCGAUGGGGAGCGCCCAACUGUAUUAA